UUGAGUGGGCUCGAGUUUUCAAACUGCCAUGGUAAUGUUUAUGUAACAAUAACUCGAACUUCCAGGACUCAUGGCAUCGUGGCGGGUAUCCCUACGGCGGUUUUUCAUGGAUACCUCACCACACCGUCGUCACUUAGUCGAGAACAAAUAAUUACUCAAGUAACUGAGAGUGAUGAUCUAAAACUGUAUUACCUGUCCAAAAUCGGUAGGCUGCCAUCAACUUCUGUCGAUGAAGAGCUACCAGCAGUCUACAACUGCAGCAAUGGAGGUAUAUUGUUACCAAACACCACAUGUGUUUGCCCGCCUUUUGUCUCCGGACCGCAAUGCGAUAUCAUCUCGUGUCAGAACUUUGGAAUUUUGGACAAGGGCAGAUGCACCUGCCCACCAGGCUUCUAUGCGUUAAACUGUGAGGCAAGGGGCUGCUUGCCGAGUGUAGAGGCUAAUUUGGACACAUCUCGCCAGUCGUUCAUCCUUGUACUCAGUUUGCGCUCUAGCAUGGGCUACGAUCUGCAUCAGCUGAUUGACCAGUUACCCAUCUGGAUAAGCGACAUCGGCAAGGCUGCUCCUGGUUUGAUCGACAAUUACAUUGUUACCACCUAUUUACAGUAUAGUGAGCAUCUACAAUAUUAA